CGUGGUCCUUGUAAAUCUUUGUAAAUUCUCUGUAAGUCCUUUUUCAGACUUACAUAACUUUCGCAAGUAUGACUUAUAAGUAUUUACAAAUCAAAAAGUGACACCUAAGUAGGCCCUGAGCAAUAUCCAACGUCAGGGCAACAGCAGUUGAAGGUGAGGGUCAACAUCAAGUCCAUCAUACGUAUUGCUCAUUGUAAUUCAUCAUCAAGCACAGCUGCCAAGCUGCCAGGUGCCCGAGUCAACGAUGAUCGAAUUUAAAUGGACGAUGGUUGAUACGAGCCUCCCUGGAAAGUAUUCUUGCUUAGGUUUCCACUGUUGCAGGGGCUAGUGCACAAUUUGUCUAUGAACUAAUCAAAGCCUGCAAAGGCACUAAACUCACCCAAGCGGGAUGUUCAAACCAGGUGUGAGCCUGUGCUUGCCACUUAUAAUCAUGAAGUUGUACGUUUGGGGUCAGCGUAAUUUUGUCAUGUUUGCCGACCCUGCAUCAGUCUCGCCGGAAAUUGCCAACAACAGAAUCUAACCUGUACAGGUGUGUUCAAUAUUGGCUGAAUACAGCAGCCACUAAGCAACAUUUCCAUCCAAGAAAUAAGGUGACAUCCUUGACCUUUGACCGCUUGCCUUUGGACCGCUUGACAAGGAAGUAUGUGGAAGUAUUUAUUUAUAGGUCGUUUGGCCUCAUCCCCUGAGUUCUCAGGUCAGAUGAAGCUCGAGCAAAAAGAAGAAGCCAAGAUGCCACAGUUUGUGUGUGGUUUGUUUGCCGGAAGCAGACAGACAUUCAUUCCAUUUCAUUCACACAUGCUUUCUUUUGACACGGUCUCAAGUCACACUUGUUGGGGUUGUUUGCAGAAAACAACAUCCUCAAGCACGCCAAAGGUUCACCGACUCCUGCAGGGGAAGCAAGCACAUACACUCACAUUCUGAAAGAGAGAGAGAGAGAGAGAAACAGAAAGAUAUGCGCUGCGUUGCUUGAACAUGGAGCCUACCUUUUUCUGUGCAGGCCACGAUUGCCAGACGAACAAUAAAGAAACACCCAUGAUCCUGCUCUCCUGAGAUAGUUUUCGUAGCCGCUCUCUUGCAAGUCAGACAAGUUAGACUUCAGCCUCCAUGCGAUGAACUUGUCGCUGCAGUCAGCAGAGCGCCCCAAGAUACGGGUUCAGUGUCAAGUGGUUUUAGGUGAGUCAAGACGGAAGAUGCUUCUAUAGAUCCAACGGACACCACAAGCAGCUGAAGUGACAAAGUGAGAAGUUUCAGAAGGAGGACAAUCUUCAACUACCUCGGUUUCGUAGAGCACCCAAGCUCCAAACCUUCAUCCCAGCUUCGCAGGUUGAAGGAUUUCUCACCAACGCUGACGCUGGUUCCGCACAAGUGUCCAUUGGUCAACCUCAAAACCGACCAGGGCUGCUCCUUGACCUGCGACCAGGGUUGCUACCCGCGCUGGGUCCGACUCGGCGGCUGAAGGCGUCGCGUGCCACAUGCGACACUUGCGUUUGAACGGAUGGCAGAGCGGAUCGCAGGGCCGAUUGCGGCCCAACGGCGAGGUUUUCAUUGGCCGGUGUGAAGGUUGGAUGCGUCGCGCUCGUGCUUAGUGUUUCUUUGUUGUGGCUACAAAGCAGGUCCUGGAGGGGCCAAUUGGCCUUGACCAAGCUUACAAAUUAGUCUAGCCUCAUAGCAGUCUCACUCACUCACUCAUUCACUCAGAAUGGCGCAAUUCGACGUGAGGCCACCUCCCUCGCGUUGGCCCUUACAGCUCUGAGGGCAUCAUGUUGACUGUUGAUGAACAAGCCUUCCUGUGGAGAUGUAAAGGCAUGCUGGUAAGGGUGGUUUUAUGCAGUUGGAUGGCAUUCUAAGCUCCCCUUCGCUGAAGUUGUAACAUGUUAACCAUAACAAACCUCUCGCACUGCCUAGAUCGAGGCCGACGCGCAAGAGAAUGUUCCAGUCAGGUUCAGCUUUGCGGAAUCCGCUGCCGGCCGGAGUGAGGAACCAUUGACAAAUCAUGUGCUUCAGGGAGUUUGAAAGAACGACUCGAAGAGAAGUCGCUCCUGCUAGUUGCUUACCGAGAUAGAGUUGUAUAAUUCCGUCAUGCCACACCAUAUUCAUGCAAUUUCAUGCAAUACUGCAUUGACCUUUUGUAGUUUGGAUUGAGGGAAGCACUCAGAUUGCCUUCGAUAAGGUUUCAAAGCCGCAUUAGCACGCAAGAAGGCAACGAUGGGCUUCCAGCUCCAAGACAAGCGCGACUUGUGACAGCAAAGAGUUUGUUGAAGCAUCGACCGGCACUGGCUUUGCUUGCCAUCACUUUAGAGCCCAAGCAAAUAUGCCGCUGCGCCAUACUGUGCCUCAUUUCAAGAGCUGCUGCGCAACUGUUGAUGUCAAUCACGGUGUUCGACCGGGAUGAUGUAAAAAGGGGGUUCUGGAAUUUGAGGGAGUUCUGAGGAGGCGGUCAUUGGGAUGACUUUUGUAUUGGCGAGCUUGUGCUAUUUCACCUCAGUUGUUGGUUUUCCCUUUGCGAACGACCCAUUCCGCCGGUGCGAUCGGGCGGCUCCAUGGGAUUUUUGUUCAACAAGUCCGAAGGGUCCGAAGUGCGAGUGGUUCCGUGUUUCGGCACGGUUCGGCGGGAGAGUCACGAGAGACGAGGUGAAGACGCUCAAAGCUGGAAUUCCAAAACAUGUCAUUGAGGAGCUAUGUUUAAUGGUUUUUCAAUUUUGUUUUUGAAGGGCUUGAUUUGGGUAUGGAGAGAGAAUAGAUGAAGACAGGUUCUCCGGCCUAUUCUGAAUCUCUCUUCUUUUGGUUUACAGCCUUACUCACACUUUCGUUCAGAGCCUCCUUGCUUCACAGCCUUGCUCAGGCUCAGCUGCUUCUGGUACUGCGCUCAGCCCUCGCACAGGCUCUUGGCUCUCCUUCUGAACCUCUUGUGGAGAACGGGUUUUUUGAAGGAGAUGAUUGUGUUCCUGGAUUGGAGGUCCCUUUCCCCUCAACGUUUCAUUUUUCGCCUGGGCCGGUGUCCCUUUUGAUGGAGGUGGCUUGCUUGGGUUUUGGGCUUUUAGGAACUGUGGUCUCUGGACUUUGCUUUGCUCUUUUUCUCCUUGGCUUGGGCUGGGUCAGGCUGGGUCCCGAGCUUAGGCCCUGGAUGCUAGGCGGAGGGACGCCGUAACUGGGGCGCUGGACAAGACUCGCGCUGGAUAAGACUCAGAGAGGACAAGCCCAGAGAUGGUGAAACCAAAAACUUUUUGUGGUUAUUUUGUUCACUAGAAACAAGAUGCUUUAUAAGUGCAGACUGGAGAACAGGAG